AUGUUGGGAUGGAGGGCGAGCGAAGAGGGCGGGAGGGCGGGAGUGUUAUCUAGAAGGCGGGCGUCACGGUUCUCGUUAGGAGACUGCAGUCACUCGGGCACGAGACGCUCUGCCGGUACAGUGCUCUUAGCAUGCUCAGCAGUUGUUCGAGAAGAGGUACGGCACCAACUAGUAGCUAAAAUAUCGCAGCCAGCAGCGAGCAGCCAGCAGACCAUUGAUAAUGCCGCCGCCAAAAGACGCUUUCGCACUGCCUCUAUAUCUCGCAGCCUCGCAGCCGUCAGCCCUCGCUCGCUCCAUGUCUUAUCGCCACUGGUGCCUGAAUAAACGCCACCACCAUUCUUAUCGUGUUGCGCUCACAAACAUUCGAGUCAUGCUGUGUUCGCAGCAGUCGACGACGAGUCGCUUACUAGAGUAGAUCUGCAUGCUCCGUGGAUUGCGCCGGAUCUGUAGCAGCGGCGGUAACCAGCCCUCCGAGUCGAGAGCGUUAUAUCAAGAGGCUGGACGUCACGAUCCUGUCCAUCCGUCUCGCUCGCCACUGAGGUCGUCGCCUCUUGAACUCCCCUUUCACCCUCCCCCUCGUCUCAUCCCCACUAGCCAUGUCUACCACGUCGUCUGGUACGUCGACGCCGUCGAGCGCUUCAACCUCGUCUACCGACCUCCCUUCGCUCUCUGCCGCGUCGCUCAACACCCUCGGCCUCGAGCUCGGUGUAGCUCCCAAGGUCAGGGCCGCUCUCGUCCCCGCCGCGUUCACAGGCGCCGCGCCCUCGCCCACCCCCCCGCCCGCUGCGCCCGCGCCCAGCGCGUCCCCGACGCCCACCCUCGUCGCCCCCGGCUACAUCACCCCCGAGCGCAUAUCGAGCCCGCGCGGCAGCACCGGCGCGCUGUGGGGCAACGUUGCCUGGGAGCGCGCAUUCAGCUCGCCGCGUGCAUAAGGCAUCGUAUGAGCAUAGUAAGUCAGUCGCAUGCUCGUAUCGGAUCGACCUCGAUUGCACAACGUCAUGCGGCCGUGUUUAGACAUGGAAUGUGUUGGAAUGUGGCUAGGCAGGAAGAGAAGCCCGGCGGCAUCCCAGGCACUGGCGAGGUCACAUGCUGAUGCCAGCACGCUAGACGACCCGAGGACAAUGAACAAUCGAGGUGGGCCAGUGGGGGACGGCGGAGAGGCGGACAGUCGAGAAUCGAGCAAGCGAGAAAGGCGGGGGAGCUGCGUCAUUUCCUGUUGUAUGCACCUAAUUUAGCUGUCAGCUGUUCUCACGUCCCGUGGCU